UCAUUAUGUCAUUUAUGCCAAGAUUUCUGGGGAGAAGACUGCUAUUACAAAUCAUCACUGAAAGCUCAAAUUAAUAAAUAUCAGGGCGCCUAGUUUCCAUUGUCAGCAUCAUAUAUAUAUAGGGUAAAAAUAAAAGGUGGACAGAUGGGAAAAAUGGGUUAAGGAGGUCAGAGGUCAAUUUAAAAAUUUAGAGAAGAGAGCACACAUACCAAAAAUACAUAAUAUAUACAACAUAUAUAUUAUAUAUAUACAUACAUAUAUAUUAUAUAUAUAUUACAUAUUAUAUAUAUAUAUAUUAGAGAAUGAGAUGGACAGGAAAGAAGGAGAAACUGAAUGAACAUGUGAGGAAUUCUUCCAAGGCUGAGGCUUUAAUUGCAGAGUCAGUGGUUAAGGGAGACAACUGUUCACGGAGAAAAACAGCUAUUGUCGCCUCAACACUGUGAAGAGAAAACCGCCAACAAUUUGCAACGAGUGCUUCAGGGAGAUUUCUCUGGCGCUGAGUUUCCAGAUAAUGAUGUUCCCUGACAUGACAAAGGAGCACUAACGCCCUAGUGAAGAGCCCAGUUUCUGGAGCUGAAUGGUCUAGAUUGGAAUCCUGGUUCCAAACCACCAGUGAAUACCCGGGCAAGUUACUUAACCUCUCCGCACUCAGUGUCUUGGUCUGUAGAAUGGGAAGGUUAAUAAUAGUACCUGCCUCUUUAGAUUGUGAUGAGGACCGAAUGAGUUUUUCCCAGGUAAAAACUUACAACACUAGCACCAUGCUAGUUAGCACGGCAGCCAGUGACAAAAACGAGCCAGAAGUUAAGUCUAACUAUGUGUCUUUAGAACACAGGCUGUUGCAAAAGCAGACUUAUCUAGCACGUAGGAGACUAUGUACGGCCCACAGGACCUAUUCCUCACCUCAGUCCUGAACUUUUGGAGCUUUGCUAGUAACUCAAAGACUCUUGGCAAACAGAAUGUUAAAUAUUUUCUUGAUUUCAUAAUGUGUUCAAUGCCUUAGGCACAAGGCAAAGUCCUGAUUAGUUCAAGUCUAACUGAUGGCGAAAGAAAGAGGCAAAAAGAAGGAAAGACAUGUUCACCAAGCUCCACCCGAAGGUAAACUUUAUGAAGAUAGGGAUUUUGUUCUGUUCUGUUUGGUCACCGAUGUGUCACGAGCUCCUAGAACCGUGCCUCGUACACAGCAGAUACCCACUAAAAAUCUGCUGAAUGAAUGAAUGUUAUGAGUGGUUCCAAGUACCUUCCCAGUUUCACACCUUCAAAAAAAAAAAAAGGCAGUUAUAAAGGUGACUUAUUAUAGAGCACAUUCCAUUUAGUUCAAUGAUCAUUUCCAGCAGUGUUACAGACAGAAACUUCAAAGCUGCACUUGGGUCUUUCUAAUUUUGGAAACCCAGCAGCCAGUUCCCAGCGAGAUGUGACAGCCCAUUGCAUCUACCUGAGGUUUUGAAAGACUCCCUUGAUUUCAUAUUUCUGGUGCUGCUCCUGAGAAGCUGAAAGCUUCUGGGAGAAAGGAAGAACGUAAGCUGGUUGUAUGAGGGUUACGAGUAGUAGAUUUCUCUGCUAAGUAGGAAAGGAGAGAUUUGGUGUAGCCUGGCGAGGAUCCUUGAGUGACAUUGUGAGUGGCUGAAAAAUGAUGUUGUUUCGUAUUCUGGAUAUUAGACAUGAGUUUCAUUACUCAUGAAAAAUAAAAGGCAGAUCUCAGGUCAUUCGGCGAUGACUAGAGGACACAGUCAAGAUGGCGGCAGUGUCUGGCCUGAUGCGGAGACCCCUUGAACAGGUCUCGGGGCUGCUGAGGAGGCACUUCCACCGGACGGCGCCGGUGGCGCUGCAGGUGACAGUUCGUGAGGCUAUAAACCAAGGUAUGGAUGAGGAGCUGGAAAGAGAUGAGAAGGUAUUUCUGCUUGGGGAAGAAGUUGCCCAGUAUGAUGGGGCAUACAAGGUUAGUCGAGGCCUGUGGAAGAAAUAUGGAGAUAAGAGGAUCAUAGACACUCCCAUAUCUGAGAUGGGCUUUGCUGGAAUUGCUGUGGGUGCAGCUAUGGCUGGGUUGAGGCCCAUUUGUGAAUUUAAGACCUUCAAUUUCUCUAUGCAAGCCCUUGACCAGGUUAUAAACUCAGCUGCCAAGACCUACUACAUGUCGGGGGGCCAUCAGCCUGUGCCCAUAGUCUUCAGGGGGCCCAAUGGUGCCUCAGCAGGCAUGGCUGCCCAACACUCACAGUGCUUUGCUGCCUGGUAUGGGCACUGCCCAGGCUUAAAGGUGGUCAGCCCCUGGAAUUCAGAGGAUGCAAAAGGACUUAUUAAAUCAGCCAUUCGGGAUGAUAAUCCAGUGGGAGUGCUAGAGAAUGAACUGAUGUAUGGAGUUCCUUUUGAAUUUCCCUCAGAAGCUCAGUCAAAAGAUUUUCUGAUUCCCAUUGGAAAAGCCAAAAUAGAAAGGCAAGGGACACACAUAACCGUAGUUGCCCAUUCAAGACCUGUGGGCCACUGCUUAGAAGCUGCAACAGUGCUAUCUAAAGCGGGAAUUGAAUGUGAGGUGAUAAAUAUGCGAACCAUCAGACCAAUGGACAUUGAAACAAUAGAAGCCAGUGUCAUGAAGACCAAUCAUCUCAUAACUGUGGAAGGAGGCUGGCCACAGUUUGGAGUAGGAGCUGAAGUUUGUGCCAGGAUCAUGGAAGGCCCUGCAUUCAAUUUCCUGGAUGCUCCUGCAGUUCGUGUCACUGGUGCUGACGUCCCAAUGCCUUAUGCAAAGAUUCUGGAAGACAACUCUAUACCUCAGGUUAACGACAUCAUAUUUGCAAUAAAGAAAACAUUAAAUAUUUAGUUUGGACUUGAAUUUCAAGUCAUUAGAAUUUACUUAAAAUACUUGCUGUCACUUCACCUGGAUUGUACUGUAAGACCUUACAAUUCAUAAAGUUAUCCUUAAAGCAACAAGACAAAUGUUUUUGUACUUGGAAGAAGUUUAAAUGUGCUUGUAUGUGGAAAAUUUCUUCUCUCCUGCCCUAGACUCCAUGGGGCUUUUUUUGGUCUCUUAUGAUUACCACGUUCUUUGAAUAAGGCUAAUGUAAAAUUUUACCCUCUCACAAGGACAAGGUAUGAAUGUGGCAGAGUUCUACAGAAAGAUGUAUCCAAAAAUGACAACUUGUAUGUAAAGAUGAAACCUAUUAUCUACAUUUGCUGUUAGAUUGUUUUGAUAAGGAAUAAAGGAGUUCCUAAUUAUAAAAA